GGUGGGAGCGAAGCCGACCCCGCCGACCCCGCCGAGAUGCUGGUGACGAAGCAGGCGGGGAAGGGAGCGGCCCGGGAUCCCGCAUCCCAGGACCCGAGCGCCGCCGGGCAGCGCUGUGCCCGGACCGCGACCCCGUGCGCCGUCCUGGCGGCCCUCCUGGCGGUGGUGGCCUUGAUGUCCUGUCUCUACCUGGGGGUGAAAACCAACGACCUGCAGGCCAGGAUCGCUGCUCUGGAAUCCGCCAAAGGGGCCCCUUCCCUUCGUGCGCUGCCGGAUGCCGUGGAUCAGCUCCAGGCCAUGGUGCAGGAGAGAGUGGAGCGACUUCUGGCUCAGAAAUCCUAUGACCAUAUGGCUAAAAUAAGAAUCGCAAGAGAAGCACCUUCAGAGUGUAACUGCCCAGCAGGCCCUCCAGGGAAACGAGGUAAGAGGGGCCGAAGAGGAGAAUCUGGUCCUCCUGGUCAGCCUGGUCCUCAGGGCCCUCCUGGUCCAAAAGGCGAUAAGGGAGAACAAGGUGAUCAGGGACCUCGGAUGGUGUUUCCUAAAAUCAAUCAUGGGUUUCUCUCUGCUGAUCAGCAGCUCAUUAAACGCCGCCUGAUUAAGGGUGACCAAGGCCAGGCGGGGCCUCCAGGACCCCCAGGCCCUCCAGGCCCCAGAGGGCCCCCUGGGGACACAGGGAAGGAUGGCCCCCGUGGAACGCCAGGAGUGCCCGGUGAGCCGGGGAAACCAGGAGAACAAGGCUUGACGGGACCUCUGGGGCCUCCAGGACAAAAGGGUUCCAUUGGAGCACCUGGAAUUCCAGGAAUGAAUGGGCAAAAGGGUGAACCCGGGUUGCCAGGAGCAGUAGGACAGAAUGGACUCCCAGGGCCAAAGGGAGAACCUGGAGAACAAGGAAAAAAGGGAGAUGCUGGAGAGAGCGGCCCGAAAGGUGACACAGGCGAGAAGGGUGAUCCUGGAUCAUCUGCUGCAGGAAUUAAGGGAGAACCUGGAGAAUCUGGUCGUCCAGGGCAAAAGGGUGAACCAGGGCUUCCCGGGCUUCCUGGACUUCCGGGGAUAAAGGGAGAACCAGGUUUCAUUGGUCCUCAAGGAGAACCCGGCUUGCCAGGGUUACCAGGAACAAAAGGAGAACGCGGGGAGGCAGGGCCUCCUGGGAGAGGUGAGCGAGGGGAGCCUGGAGCCCCUGGACCAAAGGGGAAACCAGGUGAACCGGGAGCUAGAGGCCCAAAGGGGUCAAAGGGUGAUCGUGGAGACAAAGGGGACUCUGGAGCUCUGGGACCGAGGGGUCCACCUGGUCAAAAGGGGGAUCAAGGAGCCACCGAGAUCAUAGACUACAACGGCAACCUCCACGAAGCCCUACAGAGGAUUACCACCUUAACUGUCACGGGUCCCCCUGGACCUCCCGGACCUCAAGGACUACAAGGGCCAAAGGGAGAGCAAGGAUCUCCGGGAAUGCCAGGAGCUGAUGGCGAGCAGGGACUCAAAGGCUCAAAGGGAGACAUGGGGGACCCAGGUGUGCCAGGUGAAAAAGGAGGAAUUGGACUUCCUGGAUUACCGGGAGCCAACGGAAUGAAAGGAGAAAAAGGAGACUCCGGAAUGCCAGGUCCUCAGGGUCCUUCCAUCAUAGGCCCCCCAGGCCCACCGGGUCCCCACGGCCCACCCGGCCCCAUGGGACCCCAUGGACUCCCUGGACCAAAGGGUACAGAUGGUCCUAUGGGACCCCAUGGCCCUGCAGGUCCCAAAGGAGAAAGAGGUGAAAAAGGAGCGAUGGGAGAGCCCGGACCCAGAGGGCCCUACGGCCUGCCCGGAAAAGAUGGAGAGCCUGGUCUUGAUGGCUUCCCUGGUCCGCGGGGUGAGAAGGGUGAUCUAGGAGAAAAGGGAGAAAAGGGAUUCCGUGGCGUUAAGGGGGAAAAAGGGGAGCCAGGCCAGCCUGGCCUGGAUGGGCUGGAUGCCCCUUGCCAAUUGGGGCCAGAUGGAUUACCCAUGCCUGGCUGUUGGCAGAAGUGAUGAAUCUAACCUUCCCAGCAUGAAGUUGUGUAUAUAACGGUCCACUCUUUAUAUUUAUAGCUGCAAACUGAAGUGCAGAUUGUACACGUCUGAGAUAUGUUUACAUAGGGCUGCUUCUUCCCGUUGACCGUAGCACACGCGUCCGUCUCUUCCCCACUUGCAUCCGUGACAGCAGCACGAGGCCUGCAGAAAUGUAGCUCAGGGUCCCUUUCCCUGACGUGAAGAUACGUAUUUAUGUGGACAGAUCAGUGACAGAGAAUGAUUAGACUUGCUCAUUUCCUUCCUUUGGGCUUGUUAAUUGCAUGGGCAAAAAGUGCCAUGAAAUCGUUUACAUGAAAUUGUGACCAAAUACGGACUCGAAGCUACAAAAAUGCACUGUGCUGACCAACCGUAGAGUUUAUUGUCACCGUCCCAUUCACCUUCCCGGGCAGCACUGGCCCACGCGCACACCACCCACUGAAACCGACUAAAAAAGCAUGACCGUGUGCCACACCUGCUCGUUGUGCCCUGCAGAUGCUAGCAUGCCCAUCCUGAGUCCCGUGACUGCGUCUAAACUUUGUUCCUUUUGUCAUCUUAAGGGGGUCACACCGUGGCUGAUUGCCAAAAAGAGAUAAGGUGUCGGA